AUGCCCAUGGCGUGUCCAUAUGGCGCGACGUGGGCGAGCAAGCCUAGCACAUCUGCCUUGGUGGCACUUUCUCUGGCUUGCUUCGCCUUGCGAGCUUCCUCGCGGGGGGUGGAAGGAGGACAUGUAGUGCUUGCCGCCGGUGACUCUUUUCGGAAGCCGCUUCUGCGUCAGGAGCCUGCGUUGCUGCAGAAGGCAGCUCGACCCAGCACGAGGAACGUCACCGUUGAAACUGCCCUGGCCGCCGCUAAGGCCUCGCAGGCUCGCGACGACGACGCGGUGGCGUCGGCUUUGGCCCGGACAGCCUUGGAGCUGCACCUCAGCAUCAAUGAGACUGUGCGUGCAAUGGAUGCUGCUGCAAGGGCAUCUACGGCGACUACAGCGGACACGCUGCAGGGACGGUCAUCGGAGUCUCUGCGGGACUCGGUGUUGAAGGCGGCUCGAUCGGCAGGGCUCUCCGAGCCGCAGGUUGGCCGGAUAAAGACCGCCCUGGUCACAAUAGACCACAGGAACUACGUCUCUGUCCUGAAUGUUAUGAAAGCGGCCAGCAAUGCCAGCAGACCCGAGCUAUCCACAGCAGAGAAGGUCGCCGCUGUCGUUUCCGCAACUGCUGCGGCGAACUUCAGCCGACAACAGGUGGCUGUGGCAGCUGCAAGCGCGACUCGCGCAGCCGUAGGAUCCUCAGCCGCCACAGCUGCUCCUUUGUCGUCGGUGGCAAGGAGCGCGGCAGCUGCGGGCCUCAGCGUCUCAGCACAGGCGGCCGCCGUGGCGGCGGUAGGUGCUGAAAGUCCGCGCUCCCAGCUGGCCAUCGCGAACAUGUUCAGUAGCGCCGCGGCAGCUUCCGCGACGCCAAACAUGGAUAUGUGGACCGGAGGGUUCGGCUAUGGAGAAUCCUACAGCGACGACGAGGAGAGGUCCUGGGAUCCGGAAGCCACCAGCGUCGGCCGCAGGGUCGCCGAGGAGGUUUUGGAUGCCCCGAUCCCAGAGAAGGAGAAGAGAGCUAUAGUAGCCUCUGCAACCUGGGCAGCUGCCCGUGCCGAAACGCCCAGCCGCCAGCUGAAUGGGACUGCCGGGAUGCCCGAGGAGGUCGCAGGUGACUUUCUCGCUUUGAGCCGUGCAUCGCACGCUGCUGGCUUCUCGGACAGCGCCACAGCAGUCAUGAAACACCAGUGGCAGGACAUGAGCCCCCAACAACGUGCCGUCGCGGCGAAAGUCCUCGAAGCCGUGUCAUCUGCGCAGGGCCGGAAGCGACCGCGACAAGGAUCAUCUUCCGCAGAGCGCGUCGCUUCCGUCGUACGGGCAUUGGAGGAUGCAGGCGUCCCGGCGAGCGAAGAGGCUACCUUCGCUGCUGAGGCCCUCCGCCACGGCGCGGCCGUCGAAGAAGAUUCCCAGGUCGGGCCUGGCUCAAAGACGAUCUUGGACGACAUCGUCGACCUUGCGAGGUCUGCGGGCCUGAGCUCUGCGCAGCAAAGUGGCAUCCUCCAGGUGGUCGCAUCAAUGCAGCCCACGGAGAGGCGGGCCAUCGCCAGCAUCUGGGCAGCUGCCGGCAAUCGCAGUAGCACCGCGCCUUUCGUCAGACGUGCCCUGGAUCCAGGCAAGCAGUCGGAGAAGAGGCUGGCUCCUUCGACUCCUGCAACUCCUUCUGAUCAUACACAGGAUGCCGAAAAGGCGCUUGAGUUGUUGAAUGUCGUGGUCUACGCAGCCAUUCAGGCUGGCGCCCCCCCGGCGGUCUUGGACAAGGUAAACGCGCUGGCUCAGAACAUGACCCCCGAAGAGCAGAUGGCCGCUGCUGCGGCCGUCCUGAACUCCACGCAGAAGGCUCCCGAGGAGAGAGAUCCGCUGGCUUCGGUUGCUGACGCCAUCGCUCAGCAUCGGAAGGCCGUUGAGGACGAGGACACCAAGCAGGAUGGCGUCCCUGCACUGAACAACAUCUUCGAGUCGAUCGCCGCUCCGCCGGAAGCUGUCCAAGAAUACGAGGCCACGCACCGCGGCGCCACCGGAUUUGUGUUCCUGGUUCGCUUGGCCAGUGACAGACUCUGGGCCUUUGUGCGACAAGCCGUUGGCGAGACCAUCGUAAAUCGGAGCAACCUCGCCAUCACCAGUGCAGUUUUCAGGUUUUCCUGGCCGACCUGCGGGCAAAGCCGCUUCCGUGAUGCCCGCGCUCUGCACUUUCCAGAUGCUCGCUUCAUGCCGACUCCUACCUGUGGUGGCCUGGCUGCUCAGAGCCGAGAAACCUCCCGACUUCGUCUUCCGGCCACCGGAAGCCAGGAACUUUUCUGGCUGUCUGGCGAUCUUGGCCAUGGUGAGAAUCUGCUGUUGAUCCAGAUCCAGGAGCUGAUUCUGCACGAGUUUUUAGCAGGCGGCCAGAUAAAGGAGUACAGCCUGUGUGGAGGACAUGCAAGCACGUACAUCGGUUGCCCGUCUGAAGCCCCCGUGGACCUGGUCUACCCAGCACAUGGCAUUGGCAAAGCCUCGACUUUCUGCUCUGAGUCGAGCCGGGACAAGUUGCAGAAUGCUUCCUGUUUUCAGAUCCCGUAG